AUUCAGUAGCUUCAGCACAAAUGGCAGCUCAAACAGUUUUGGAUCCUCGUGUCUAUAAAUUAAUUGUUAAUCUUGCACCAGCACCUAAAGAUAUUAUUUGGGAAAACUUGAAAUUGACAUACAACCAGAAAUUGUUCAAGUCCUAUUUGAUCACAUUUUUAAUCGUAUUGAGUUAUGGAUUUAUCAUAUUUUUAGUUGUUCCAUUGACUUCCUUGCUUGAUUUAAAAACAAUUAGCAAAUUCUUCCCAUCAUUGGGUAAAUUCAUUGGUCAAUCAGAAUGGUUAACUACAUUUGUCACUGGUAUUUUACCACCAUUAUUGUUCACACUUUUGAAUGUUCUGUUUCCUUAUUUUUAUCAAUGGUUGUCGCAAUAUCAGGGUCAUUCGUCAAAUAGUGAUGUUGAACUUUCUACAUUACUGAAGAACUUCUUUUUCAUAUUCUUCAACUUGUUUUUAAUUUAUGUUGCUGCUGGAACUUUUUGGGAUUAUAUUUCCUACAUUAGUGAUACUACCAAAAUUGCAGUACAAUUGGCAACGUCUUUAAAAAGAAUGGCAUUGUUUUAUGUCGAUUUGAUUUUGUUACAAGGUUUAACUAUGUUCCCUGUGAAACUCCUCCAAGUGAGCGAUUUCCUUGUUCUUAAUAUCCUUGGGAAAUGUUUACCCAGAAUGUUUCUCCGAACUCCUAGAAAUUACCGAACAUACUAUUAUACGCCACAAAUCUUUGAUUUCGGUAUUCAUUUGCCCCAACAUAUCCUUAUAUUUAUGAUUAUUCUCAUUUAUUCAGUUGUUUCAACUAAGAUUGUCACUUGUGGGUUGGUAUAUUUUAUAAUGGGUCUUUUGGUAUACAAAUACCAAUUAGUAUACAAUUUUGUCCAUCCUCCACAUUCCACCGGUAAAGUGUGGCCCAUGAUUUUCCGCCGGGUUAUGCUUGGUCUUAUAAUUUUUCAGCUUUUCAUGUGUGGAACUCUUGCAUUGGAAAGUGCAAUUUUGUUAUCAAUAAUGUGCACGCCUUUGAUCCUAGUUACAUUGUUCAUAUGCUGGAAUUUCGAGACUUAUUAUGUCCCAUUGAACACAUUUAUUGCUCUCCGAGCAAUUCUCAAUCCUUACGAUUAUGACAAGGUGUUUGAUGAUGACCAGCUGUUUAACAGUGAAGAAGAGCAAUCUGUAUCACUUGGACCAUCGUCAUCUGAUGUGGGACCAAUUGAUGAAUCGUCGUGUUUGCUAGAAGAACAUGCUCGUCACAAGAGAAGAAAAUCAACCAUUGAUGAAGAGAGAGAGGAGGAUACCAAUUAUACAUAUCCAUACUUGAUUGAUCCACUUGAUGGACCUUGGGUAGGGUUUACUGGUGACCUGGUGACUAUGGUUGAAUAUAGAGUGGAUGGUAGUGUGCUUGAACUGGGAUAUAGAACGGGUCCGUUGGAAGGGGAAUUUGAAACUAUUGUUAAUAAAAGAUUGGUCGUUAGUGAGUGGGAAUAGUUUAGAUAUAAUUUAUUAUUGCAUGGUAUACCAUAGAAACUUGUAAAUGUAACCACCCUUGGAAGUGUUAAGUUGCGAAAAAGGUCGUAGUGUCAACCAAGGGGAAGUACAACUUAGCAGAGAUGUUCUAGAACCCCCCCGGGGUGGCCAAUUUACUACACGAAUACCUUUGCCAAUUAGCUACUUAAUUAAUCUAAGGUGAAGGGGUGGAAAAUAUACCGAUUAGGACAAACUUCAGUUUACCAGAUGACGUAAUCUUUCUCCACAGAUGGUAUACAACAGUAUACUUACAGAUCAAUCUAUGAGAUCUUGCUAAUUUCAGUUUGCCAUAUGAAACAAGCUGAGAAAAGGAUUGUUCCUCUUAGUUGGAAUAUGCAACAGCAACUAUGUUGUCAUGGUUUGAAUACCAAAGCC